UUAAAAAUGGCUGUUCGUGGUAGUGCUGGUGUUUCCUUUGUUUAGUAUUGGAAAUUUGGUUUGCAGAGUUUUCUGAAGAUGCCCAGCGCCUCUUUCACGGCCUCCAGGUCGUACGUGAGGAGAUCUCGCAGAAAAGGAGCUAAUAGAAUCCCCACACCUUCGAGAACAACGUCUGAACCAUGUGAGCCGUCUUGCCCGAUCCAGCCGCCGCACAACGUCCCCGCCCCGUCGGCCGUCUCCCCAGGCGGGCCGCAGUCGCUCGCCCCGCCCCCUGGCCCGAGCGCGGCAGGGGGCGGAGCCGUACCCGCCCCCCACCACCACUCCCCCUACGACCUGCGCCGUAAGUCGCCCACGUCGUCGUCGUCGCAUCACGCGCACGACGGGCCGGGACCGAGCACGAGCGCCGCGACUGCGGGUUCGCCCACCUCGCCGGCCACGCCCACCGCGCCUGCGCAGGGGUACGCCUGCGCGAUGUUGCCGGCGCGGAAGCGGCCGCGCCGGACCUGCUCCGCCUCCUACGAGAAUUGUACAAAUACUGCUGCACAUUAUCUGCAAUACGAACUCCCCGAUGAGGUAUUGCUCACGAUCUUCAACUAUCUAUUGGAACAAGACCUGUGCCGCGUUAGCCAGGUCUGCAAAAGAUUCCAAGCCAUAGCCAACGAUACUGAAUUAUGGAAACGUCUCUACCAGAGUGUAUACGAAUACGAUUUGCCAUUGUUCAAUCCGGCCCCAUGCCGUUUCGAAUUUGUCAGCCCAGAAGAGUCCGAUCUGGCCAAUCCAUGGAAGGAAUCCUUCAGGCAGCUCUAUCGCGGCAUUCACGUCAGACAGGGAUAUCAGGACGUCACGUUUAAGGGCCGCAAUCUCGUCUACUUCAAUACUGUUCAGGGUGCUCUCGACUAUGCGGACGAGCGUAGCGGUUCGAACAGCACUUCUGGAUCUGUGUCGGGGUCGUGCAGCAACCAUUCCUUGGAAGGGUCUUCUCAAGGGGCUCUUAUCUUCCUCCACGCCGGUACUUACCGGGGAGAGUUCCUGGUCAUCGAUUCGGACAUCGCCUUGAUAGGUGCGGCGGCUGGCAACGUUGCCGAAUCGGUCGUCCUCGAGCGCGAAUCCGAAUCGACGGUGAUGUUCGUCGAGGGCGCUAAGAACGCGUACGCCGGUCACGUGACGUUGAAGUUCUCGCCCGACGUCACGUCGACCGUGCCCCACCACAAGCACUACUGCCUCGAGGUGGGCGAGAAUUGCAGCCCCACCGUCGACCGUUGCAUCAUCAGGAGCACCUCCGUCGUUGGGGCGGCAGUGUGCGUUAGCGGCGUCGGCGCCAAUCCCGUCAUCCGCCAUUGCGACAUCAGCGAUUGCGAGAACGUCGGCUUGUACGUGACCGAUUACGCGCAAGGCACCUACGAGGACAACGAGAUCAGCCGGAACGCGCUCGCCGGCAUCUGGGUGAAGAACUACGCGAAUCCGAUCAUGCGCAGGAACCACAUCCAUCACGGCCGCGACGUCGGCAUAUUCACCUUCGAUAACGGAUUGGGUUAUUUCGAGGCCAACGACAUCCACAACAACCGCAUCGCCGGCUUCGAGGUGAAAGCCGGCGCCAACCCGACCGUCGUCCAUUGCGAGAUCCACCACGGCCAGACGGGCGGCAUCUACGUGCACGAGAACGGCCUCGGCCAGUUCAUCGACAACAAGAUCCACUCGAACAACUUCGCCGGCGUGUGGAUCACCUCGAACAGCAAUCCGACCAUCAGGCGCAACGAGAUCUACAACGGCCACCAAGGGGGCGUGUACAUAUUCGGCGAGGGGCGGGGCCUGAUCGAGCACAACAAUAUUUACGGAAACGCUCUGGCAGGCAUCCAGAUCCGGACGAACAGCGACCCGAUCGUGCGCCACAACAAGAUCCACCACGGCCAACAUGGCGGCAUCUACGUGCACGAGAAGGGCCAAGGGCUGAUCGAGGAGAACGAGGUGUACGCCAACACGCUGGCCGGCGUGUGGAUCACGACGGGCAGUACGCCGGUGCUGAGGAGGAACCGGAUCCACUCGGGCAAGCAGGUCGGGGUCUAUUUCUACGACAACGGGCACGGCAAACUGGAAGAUAACGACAUCUUCAACCACCUGUACUCGGGCGUCCAGAUACGGACGGGCAGCAACCCUGUGAUCAGAGGCAACAAGAUAUGGGGCGGACAAAAUGGCGGCGUGCUCGUAUACAACGGCGGCCUCGGGUUGCUCGAGCAGAACGAAAUUUUCGACAACGCGAUGGCCGGCGUCUGGAUCAAGACCGAUUCGAAUCCGACGCUGAAGCGCAACAAGAUAUUCGAUGGGAGAGAUGGGGGUAUUUGUAUAUUCAAUGGCGGCAAGGGGAUCCUCGAAGAGAACGACAUAUUUCGCAAUGCGCAAGCCGGCGUGUUGAUAUCGACGCAGAGCCACCCGAUCCUGCGCCGGAAUCGCAUUUUCGACGGUCUGGCGGCCGGCGUCGAAAUCACCAACAAUGCGACGGCGACGCUCGAGUUCAACCAGAUAUUCAACAACCGAUUUGGAGGGCUGUGCUUGGCCAGCGGCGUUCAGCCCAUUGUCAGGGGCAACAAGAUAUUCAACAAUCAGGACGCCGUGGAGAAGGCCGUGUCGAACGGGCAGUGCUUGUACAAGAUAUCUAGUUAUACGUCGUUUCCGAUGCACGAUUUUUACAGGUGUCAGACCUGCAACACCACAGACAGGAAUGCUAUCUGUGUGAACUGUAUCAAAACUUGCCAUGCUGGACAUGACGUCGAGUUUAUCAGGCAUGACAGAUUCUUCUGCGACUGCGGCGCCGGUACGCUGACCAAUCAGUGCCAGCUGCAAGGCGAGCCCACCCAGGAUACCGACACCCUGUACGACUCGGCCGCCCCCAUGGAGUCGCACACACUUAUGGUGAACUAG